GGCUGGGCCCUAGUCCUCGCCCUCCUCCUCCUCCUCCCUUCCCUCCUCCGGGAACCAGUGCGAAUUUUUUUGCCUGGGUGAAAAGCAGGAGAAGUCGGCCGUGGAGAAACAACACGCGCCCCGUGUGUUUGAGCCACCCGUGGGAGAGCCUGCCUGCCUGUCUUUGGGAUCCUUUUCCGCUCGCGACGCAGAGCCGCUGGGUCCGUGGAAGAGGAAGAGGAGGCACGAAGGAUGGAGCAGUGAUCCUGAAGGAAGGAAGGAAGCAUCCCGCGAAGGAAGGAAGGAAGGAGGGAAGGAAGGAAGACAGGCAACCAAAACAGGAGAGGAGGAGGCGGCUCGGCAACUGGGCAGUUAUCCAAAUCAUUCAGAAUUCUAGAAUGCCAGAGAAAACAGUGCAACCAGCCAAAAUGUCUGCCAAGAAGGAAGGCGCACACAAGAAAUGGGCAGCCUUGAAGGAAAAGCUGGGGUCCCAGGACUCCGACCAAACAGAGGCCAAUUUGGAAAAUGCAGAACCAGAGCUCUGCAUCAGGCUCCUGCAAAUCCCUUCAGUGGUGAACUACUCUGGGCUCAAGAAAAGACUGGAGAGCAGUGAUGAUGGCUGGAUGGUCCAGUUUCUGGAGCUUUGUGGGCUUGAUCUUUUACUGGAAGCCUUGGAUCGACUCUCGGGGAGAGGUGUCUCCAGGAUUUCUGAUGCCCUGCUACAGCUGACAUGCAUUAACUGUGUGAGAGCGGUAAUGAACUCACAGAAAGGCAUCGAGUACAUUGUGAGCAAUGAAGGCUAUGUCAGGAAACUCUCCCAAGCACUUGAUACUUCAAAUAUCAUGGUCAAGAAACAAGUUUUUGAACUCCUGGCUGCUCUCUGCAUUUACUCAGUGGAUGGACAUGCUUUGGCUUUGGAUGCUCUGGAUCAUUACAAGACUGUGAAAAACCAACAGUACCGGUUCAGCGUCAUAAUGAAUGAACUCUCAGCCACAGAUAAUGUGCCAUACAUGAUAACACUCCUGAGUGCCAUCAAUGCAGUCAUAUUGGGGACAGAAGAACUAAGAGCAAGAACACAGCUCCGGAAUGAGUUCAUUGGUCUCCAACUGUUGGAUAUUUUAAACAGACUGAGAGACAUAGAAGAUGUGGACCUGCUUAUUCAGUGUGAGACGUUCGAAGAGGCUAAGUCUGAAGAUGAUGAGGAGUUACUGAAGAUAUGUGAUGGGAUUGAUAUGAGCAAUCAUCAAGACGUUUUCUCUUCUCUAUUCAACAAAGUGAGCAGUUGCCCGGCUUCUGUCCAACUCCUGUCCAUUCUCCAGAGCCUCUUGCAUCUUGAACCUUCCCACCACUCCAGCCUACUGCUCUGGGAAGCCUUAGAAAUCUUAGUAAAUAGAGCCAUCCUGCUUGCUAGUGACAUACAAGGCAACAGUGUAGAGGAAGUUAUGGAGAGACUGUUGUCCAUCAAGAAACCCGCAAAGAAAAGAAAUUCAGAAUCCCGAAGAUCAGUCAACAGAGUGAAUGAAAGCACUCAGACCAGUGAAGAUUUGGGAGAACAUUUCAAGGCUGCCAAGAACUCUCCUGCUAUAACCUGCUCUUCUGAUAUCCCACCUGCUACAGAUGUAUCUGAGAAGGUGGCGGCAUCCCAGCUACCACCCUGCUCUGCUUUGCCAGGCCAAAACUCAAAUCCACCCAGUAUGCUUCCAUUGUCAUCAACCCCUUCUCCUCCACCACCUCUUCCUCCACCUCCUCCUCCACUUCCUGGAGCACAAAUACCACCACCACCUCCUCCUCCUCUCCCUGGCAUGAAAGGGAUGCCACCUCAGGCUCCCCCACUGCCUUCUAUGGCCGGGAUCCCUCCACCCCCACCACCACUGCCUGGUAUGGCAGUAAUCCCUCCGCCUCCUCCCUUGCCAGGUUUGCCACCUCCGCCACCUCCUUUGCCAGGUGCAGUUGUGAUUCCUCCACCCCCACCCUUACCAGGCAUGCCACCCCCACCUCCUCCAUUGCCAGGAAUGACAGGGAUCCCUCCCCCUCCCCCUCUCCCAGGUAUGCCUCCCCCUCCUCCCCCUCUACCUGGUAUGGCAGGAGUGCCACCACCACCCCCAUUGCCUGGGAUGGCAGGCAUUCCACCACCACCACCGCUACUAGGAGGCAACAUAGAGGAGGUCGUUGUCGCACGGGUUGACUAUUCCCUUGGAUGUGCCAGGCCUAUCCACAGAAGGGUGAAGCCUCCAACACUACGGAUGAAGAAACUGAAUUGGCAGAAGCUUCCUUCCAAUGUGGCAAGAGAGGGUCACUCCAUGUGGGCUUCAGCAACCAGCAGUAGUGAGGAGACCAUUGAGCCAGACUAUACCAGCAUAGAGCAGUUGUUUUGCUUUCCACAAGCAAAGCCAAAGUCGAAAGAAGCAGCUGCAGUGAAGACAGAACCAAAAGAGAUCACAUUUUUGGAUUCCAAGAAGAGCCUCAAUCUAAACAUCUUCCUGAAGCAGUUUAAAUGCUCAAAUGAAGAAGUGGUCGACAUGAUUCAGAAAGGGGAUCGAACCAAGUUUGAUGUUGAGGUUCUUAAGCAGUUGCUGAAACUCCUACCAGAAAAGCAUGAAAUAGAAAACUUGAAAUCCUUCAAAGAAGAAAAGGAAAAAUUAUCAAAUGCAGAUCAGUUCUAUCUUCUUCUUCUUGGGGUCCCAAGCUACCAACUGCGGAUUGAGUGCAUGCUGAUGUGUGAAGAAACUGCCGUUGUGCUGGAGAUGCUGCAGCCUAAAGCUGAAACAAUCAGGAGGGCCUGCGAAGAUCUUCUCAGUAGCCACCGGUUACCUGUUUUCUGUCAGUUGAUUCUCAAAGUUGGAAACUUCUUGAACUAUGGAAGUCAUACUGGAGAUGCAGAUGGCUUUAAGAUUGGCACUUUACUCAAACUAACAGAAACCAAAGCAAAUCAGACUCGUAUUACACUGCUGCACCAUAUUUUAGAGGAAGUGGAAAAAAAUCACAUAGAUUUACUACAGCUUCCCAAAGAUAUUGAAUAUGUUGCAAAGGCUGCUGGAAUCAAUCUGGAUGUCAUACGUUCUGAAUCCAGUUCCAAUAUAAAGAAACUUAUGGAACUAGGGCGGAAGUUGUCAUCAUCAACAGAAGAGGUGAAAGCCCAGUACGAAAAAGCAAUUCAGGAUAGUAUAAAUGCCAACAAGAAAUUAGAAGACGAAUUUGAAAACAUCGAAGCAAAGAAGGUGGAGCUUGCCAAUUACCUCUGUGAGGACCCAAACAAAUUGUCCUUGGAAGAUAUAUUUAACACCUUGAAAACCUUCAGAGACCUCUUCAUCAAGGCGUUAAAGGAAAACAAGGACAGAAAGGAACAAGUGGCAAAGGCUGAAAAAAGGAAGAAGCAACUGGAAGAGGAAGAGGCAAAGAGGCAAAAAGGAGAAAAUGGAAAAAUAAUUAAAAAAGGAGUAGUGAAGCAAGAUGAUGUGUGUGUUAUCGACGCGUUGCUGGCUGACAUAAGGAAGGGGUUCCAGCUGCGGAAAACUGCCAGAAAUAAAGGUGAUCCAGAUACUCCUGCCAAAGGCUCACCCAGUCAACCUCAAAAAGGGAAAGACACUGGCUCAACUGUUCAGGCUGUAAAAGACACAAUGAAUGAGGAGGAUGGUGUGAUCGUGCAAAAUAACCUGCAAGGAUUACUAGAAAAAACAGUCAUUUCAGGAGCUGAUGCUAUAAAUGCAAAGCAAGAAGAUGUUGUCGACUUACCAGCUUCCCACACAUCCUCUGGUGAUGGUGGAAAUGGCAGGCAUACUCCAAGCCAUCCUGAUCCAGACAAGAGCUCCUUAAAUUCCUUUACCUUGGAAAGAAUCAUGGAGCCCAACAAUGGAACAAACUUGCAAGAGAGGACUGUCUCCCACAGCAUCCAAGAUAUGAAUGAUAAUGAUUUGGAAUUAUCUCAGUCAUCUUCUUUUAUAAAAUUUGGGAGCACUGAUUCAUCCAGCUGGAAGAGUGGAGGUGGCCUAGUUUGCUCAGGAGGCUCAGAUUUUGGAUUUUGUUCACAGAACAGCCUAAAUUCAAAUGAUCAAGUAAAUAAAGACAUCAGAAAAAACAGUGUAGUGCAGGACACAUCUGGCGAAGUCCAAGGGCUUCCAACUUCCGAUGUUCCUGCUGCAACAAAGGAGUCAACAAAAGAAAACAAUGAGCCUUCCAUAGACUCCUUGCUUGAUACUACUCAUGAAAAGUCCUUUUCAGAAGAGCCACUGACUGAUACUACAUGUUCAGCAACAGUCCCUUCAGAGCAAGCCCUUGUUGAAAAAGACAGCCAAAAAGGAUCAAACAAGCGACGAAAGAAAAAGAGGCACAGCAAAAGCAAUCCAACAGUGGUUGACACUGAUUUAAAAGCGGUGGGUGAUACAAAAAGAGGUUGUGAGAUACAGUGAGGUGGCACAGCAAGACAGAAAAAAUGACAACAUAAACUCCAAAUCCUGAAGUAUAUAUUACAACAGCCAGCAUAUGCUAUGGAAAACAGCCAUGGUAAUGAGGUGGCAGCUUUAUUUUAUCUGGGAAGACUUUGGAUAUAUAGCAGAUAACACCCAGAUGUAAAAAAAAAACAUGCCCAAGCAUCAAAGCACCUUUGAUAUGUGCCUUAUGCAAAGUUCCAGUUUUGUACAAAUUCCCUCCUGGUUUCAUGCCAUAGAGAAGACCUUUGGUCAAGCUCACAAUUGGAUGAAACACUUUUGAAUAAUCAGAUAUCAGAUUUCUGCAGAAGCAAAAGGGAAGCAUGGGUUAAUUGGUUCCUCUGAAACCAAAUUCCAGGGAAGUUUAAGCCAACAGUAUUGUCUUCUGAUUGGUUGUUCUCUUGGUCACGCAACAGACUUGACAAUUGAACAUUAUGUGGGACCAAGUUACAAACUUUUGCAUUUAAAUAGUAUGGUUGUGCUAUAAGAAGUGCAAAUCCUCAACUUCAUGACCAAUGGUUUCCUGUUCUUGCAAAGAAAAAAAUCAGAUAAGUGUAACAUUUGCCCUAUUUAUGUGGAUAGACAUACAUGAGGAAAUAAUUGCUUUAAACAGAAAUACAAAACAGUUCAGGUUGGUGGAGGGGAGGUGCUACAAGCAGGUUAAUAUUUCCCAUAUUAUAUUCUCUGCUGUAUGGAGGUUGGCCUUUGUCCAUCUUUUUAUGGUUCUUUCUCUUCAUGUUGGACUUGGACUGGACAAUCUUUCAAAUAGAAGUCUCCCUUCUGUAGAACACUACUCUCCCUUUGAAUAGAGGGCUAUUGAAUAGAUGUGAGCCCACCAUACUUCCUGUUAUGAGUGUAGAUGCACAUUAAAUCAUGUGAAAUUCAAAGACCAAAGGGUUUAAUGCAAACUGCAAUGGGAAGAAAAUCCUAAUUAUUCUGCUCACUAGCAAACUCACUCAAAAUCCUAAACAUUCUAAAUAAUAUAGAGCUCUUAUUUUUAAAUAGGCCAUGUCAUUUAAAAACCUGCAGGAAAUGCCAGUGAGGAAGCUAGGGAAGAUGUUUAACUGCUUCUCUUAACAAAAAAGGAACCAAAAACCUUCCCACCCACAGCCAACUAGAGCUAGGUCCAGUGCCACCAAAUGACUAAACUAUAUAAUGACACUGUCCCCACAAACUUAAUAUGCCAUCUUCUCGCCACUUCUAACAGUGUUGCCAACUGUUAGAACUGAGUUACAAGACAAUCCAGAAAAUAGGAACCAAUCAACAGCUUAUACGUGUAGAACCCCUAUCAUAAUUUUUCCUGUCAAGCCAGAAAUGAAUCAGUUUUUUUGUUGGGAAGAUACUACAAAUGGCAGUUCUUCAACAUGGAGAGCAGCCACAUUGAGUCUCCAUUUUAAUCAUGGCACGGAUUGUUCCAUCCUCAUAUUAUCUAGCAAUGGCAACAAAAUGCCUCAGAAUGAGAUGGCAAUUUUUUGAGGAGACAAAAUCCACUGUAUAAGUAGAGCCAGGGUCACAUUUUGAAUGCUGCUUUGUAUUAAAAAAAAAACCCAACAAUUUCAAAUUUGUCUUUUUCAAAAACAGUCUAAUAGGUAAGUCUAAAACACUUCUCCCUAAUAAGCCAAUUGGUUUAUAUGUGGGGGAAUCAAAAACUACAGUCCCAUUAGUCCAUAGCAAGGGGUUGACCCUUAAAGUAUCCUAAAAUACCAUCAAUUAUAAGUGUUGAUCACUCAUGUUGAUAUCUUGUUUUCAAUUCAAUCAAUUUAAAGGAUUGGGUGUAGCCUUGUCUUUGCCUUGCCACUUGGUCUUCACAACAACCUGUUGAAGUAAGUCAGGGUGAAGGAAAAAGUACUUGGCCCAAGUUUGGCCAGUGAGUUUUAUGGCUCAUGGAGACUGGAAAAGGGUUUCACAAGUCCUUUCCUUAACACUGAUACUAUUAAACCAUCCUGGCCUUCUGAAUCAUUUUGUCUCCUCCAUCUUUAAUACAUGCAGCACAGGUAAAAUUAUUUUGGGGACAGGUCUUCUGACUUUACCUGUCAUGAAAUUAAGGGUAUUUUUCCCUCACAAUUGAUCAUUGCUUUCUCAAAAUUCACCAUCACUUUGCAAGAACAGCUGAUGCCAGAGUACAGUCAAUGCCAACAGUCUUUUAAUCAAAACUUGUUUUUUCUGCUGCAAAUCUCUUGAUGACUACACGUGUUUUUGUUUAGUUUUGUUUUUCUGCCUAAACUGAAGAAAAGCUAUACAGGCUAUAGCACAAAUGGAAUCAAACAGUUUGGGCAUUCAUAAUGGGAACCUGAUGUACUACUAUAAUAACUUAAAAUAUUUUCUCUCAGUGUUUAUAAUUAAUGUCAAGAAUCACAAAGACUUGUACAUAGCUUGAUAUCUUGUAUAUAUUUAUUCAAAUAAUAUUGAUAUAUUAUUAAAUAAUUUCAUAAGCUGAGCUUGGUAACAAAUUUGUGACCAAGGGAAGGUAUGUGUUCUUCAAAAAAUGAAGUGAAAAUUCUGUUAUGGUUUCUUCUGCUUGGAAUUGGCUUUAUCAACACACUGGUGCUCUCCAGUUACAUUGCACUCAGCUUCCAUUCAGAUGACCUUGGAAAAGGGCCAAAGACUCCUGUUUGUCUCAGCAUAGCAUAGCUGAUAGAGCAAGAUGCCCUAACACUAGGAUGACCCAUAUACCACCAGCCUCUGAAACCACCAUCUCAACACAGGUUCAUAGGAGUAGGCAGGAUUGCAGAGUCAUAGAAUCAUAGAAUAGUAGAGUUGGAAGAGACCUCAUGGGCCAUCCAGUCCAACCCCCUGCCAAGAAGCAGGAAAACGCAUUUAAAGGCAUCUGGCUAUACCCACAUAACCAGAAGCAAAAUGAUUGCAGAAUCUCUGACACCCUACUCUCUACAGGACUGGUAGAUUUUAGCAUUGGUGUCAUCAUUUCAUGUCUGGCUAAAAUAAGACAAGUCUGCAAUCCUCUCUGCUCUCCAUGGAGGAGGGACAUAGUCCAAGCCUGUUCAAUAAAUAGGCAAGAGGUUUGAGGCAUUCCAAAGGGAAGGAGGAAACAUCAUUCCCUGAAGCACCCCAAGCAGGACAUAUGCAUGAAUAUGGAAUACCAAGACUGUUGUACUUUCAUUAGAAGGCAGAAUUCAUUUUCAAAAAGAUAAUGAUGCUUGACAUAAUGCAGCAGGAAAAGGUACAAUGCAGUAGAAAAAGAGGAAGACUACAUUACAGAUGGGUCAACUCAAUUAAGGAACCCUGAGUUUGCAAGAUCUGAUCAGGGCUGUGGACAACAGUGUAACUUAGAAAUCUCUCGUUUCUAGGAUCAUCAUAAGUCAAAGUCAACUUGAUGGCAGUUAGUAACAACAACUAAGGUAGUGUAUGCAUGCAUAUAUCCUUAACAGGAUACUAUCCAGUGUAUAUUAAAAUCAUCAGCCAUGUAGCCUACAUGAGACAGAUCUAGCAUCUUAGUUAUCAAUCAUGACUUUUCCCAUGGGGAAGCUGUAUCCACAAGAUCAGCUAUGAUCACAUAAGUAGAAUACCAAGGUUAGGAAAGAGAUUGCCUCCUCUUUUUAGUUUGAGCAAACUUGAACUAAAAAGAGACAGUUUUAGGAAAAUAGUAGUGAACUGGUGUUACCUGAGAUUAAUAAAAAUAAUCCAUAGACAAAAACAAAAAUGGGGCGUCUCCAUAAAGGUAAAACACCUCACAGAAAUGAAUUAUAAAAGGAAAAUAUACACCUCAAUUCAUAUUCACAUGCAAAAUAUAAAUAUAAUAAAUAUGUAAUACUUAUAAGCUCUCAAUAGUGUUGAAUGGUAACCACCACCUAUAUGUAAUACAGUAAUGUUAGAAGGCUAGGACUUGGAAGGAUAGCUAUGAAAGAACAAGUCAAGAUCCUGAAAUGUAAAGCUUUAUUAUAAUAAUAAAGUCAGGCUAAUCCAUAUCCUAUACUUCCCAUUUCUAUGUAUGGUUGUGAAAACUGGACAGUGAAAGAAGCUGAUAGAAAGAAAAUCAACUCAUUUCAGAUGUGAUACUGAAGAAGAGUUUUGAGGAUACCACAUAUAUGUCCAGAAAAUAAAUAAGUCCUAUAACAAAUCAAGUCUGAACUCUCCCUAGAAGCCAAGAUGACUAAAUAGGUUGUCACACUUGGGACAUAUAAUGAUCAGAUGUGACCCACUAGAAAUUAUGAUAAUACUUGGUAAUGUGUAGGGCAAUUAGAAAAGAGGAAGAGGUGGAUAGACCCAAUCAAGGAAACCAUGACCCUGAGUCUGCAAGAUCUGAACAAGAUUAUUGAUAAUUUGGUGGUCUCUCAUUCAUAGGGUUGACGUAAGUCAAAAUCGAUUUCAAGAUGGCUAACAACAGUAAUAUUAUAAUAUUUAUAGUUUUUAUGUGAAUUUGGUUUGAGGUGUGUGUUGUCUUCUUCUUUGGUCUUCUUUGGGAAAAGAGUCAAUGACAAUAGUAAAGCUAAGAGACUACAGUCUGUCCUGGUAUUCACUGAACAUAACUAGUAGGUUCCUAGCAAUCAUUUCCUCGCAGGUAAGCAGAUAUAAAGGGUGACUACUUUAAAGCCAUAUGCAGAAGAGAGCAGAGCUGCAACUCCUUACUCUUGCAUAUUGAACUACAACUGAUUAAAAGCAGUUCGAAUUUGCUGUCAUCUUAUUUAAAAAUGUGUCUUGAAAGUCCUAGUACAUAAAUGUAACAACAGCUGUUGAGUUAUGUGAACAGCCUUCCACUGGAUUGUAUAAAAAGGCAGAAGGGACUUGUGAUAAUUUCACAACAGAAUGUCUCCAACUUUGUGCAUACUACCCGAGUGCAAUAAACAUGCUUAUAUUUAAUAAA